GUAUUCUCUUGUUGCUACCCUAUACUUGUCCUUUCAUUCUUGAGAUCUAAACAAUAAUCAUGCAAGACUUGAAACCUCAUUAUCUCCUUUUCACCUUGUUUAUCUUCGGUGUUUUCUCUGCAAAUCAUGCAUGCAACCAAUUAGACCGCAAUUCACUCUUGUCCUUGCUCCUCGAUUCGUCUAAUUCCACUCCUUUUAAUGGGUCUUCCAUUAAUUGUUGUCACUGGGAAGGUAUUUCUUGUGAUCAUAAUGGUAGAGUCACCCAUCUAUGGUUACCAUCUAAAGACCUCAAAGGGAGUAUAUCUCCCUCUCUUGGUAACCUCACACGUCUUUCUCACCUUAAUCUCUCCCACAACUCACUUACAGGUCUUCUACCUACAGGACUCUUCACAUUCUUGAAUCAACUCAGAGUCCUUGACUUGAGUUACAACUAUCUAGGUGGCCAACUUCCUAGUGGAAUUGGAGGAUGUUCUAAACUGAAGAUUUUUUGGGCAGGUUUCAACUCUUUCUCGGGAUUUCUUCCACAUGAUAUAUAUAAUGCAGCAGCGUUAGAAGAAAUCUCCUUUCCGUCUAAUAAUCUUUCGGGACCCAUCAGUAAUGAAAUCAUGAACCUUACCAAGCUGGCCAGCCUUGAGUUAUAUCAAAAUCGAUUGAGCGGCAAUCUACCUUUGAAUAUUGGAAAGCUUUCCAAAUUGAAACAAUUGAUCCUUCAUACAAACAGCUUCACAGAUGGAUUUCAAAAUCUCCGAAUGUUGGAUCUUUAUGAUUGCCAGUUGACCGGUCAAUUUCCCAAAUGGAUAUCUAAGCUAAAGAAUCUACAAAUUCUACGUUUGGGUUUUAAUCGCAUCACAGGUUCUAUUCCCGGUUGGUUAUCAACGCUUCCAAGACUCAGCUAUAUAAACUUGCAGGAUAACCUCUUUUUAGGUGAGUUUCCAAAGAAAUUUUGUGGACUGCAGGCAUUUGUGUCACCACAGGCUAUAGAUGAUAACAGUUCUUUGACUAUGCCAUUAUAUAUCCUCCUCCAAAGUAAUAACAUUGAUUUCAUUAAAUCCUUUAGCUACUUUUUUGGGACGAUAAACCUUCGAAAUAAUAGUCUUAGUGGCACUAUCCCCACUGAGAUAGGAUGUUUAAAGCGACUUCGUAACUUAGAUCUUAGCCAUAACAAGUUGAAAGGCACCAUUCCAACCCAAAUAUCAGAGCUCACAAACUUGGAAUAUUUGGAUCUAUCUACAAAUCAUUUGUAUGGUGAAAUACCAGUAUCAUUAAUUAACCUGCAUUUCCUACGUAUCUUUAGCGUAGCAAACAAUAAUCUCAAUGGAGCAAUACCAGUAGGCACUCAACUCCAGACCUUUGAUGCCUCUUCAUUUGAGGGCAAUCCAGGACUUUGUGGCUACCCACUUCCUCAAUGUAGCCAUCUUACAAGCAGCAAACGAGAUGAGGAUAGUCAAGAGGAGGAAGACAGACGUACAAUUCCAUGGUUUCAUGUUACUAUGGUGCUUGGCUUCAUUACAGGAUUUUGGGGAGUGUGUGCUCCUUUAGUUUUAAAUAAAAAAUGGAGAGUUGCAUAUUUUGGAUUCUUCGAUAAGCUAAAAGAUGGGUUCUAUAUAUGUGAAACUAGAAGUGUCUUUGGCCAGAUUGCAUGAAAGGAUAUAAAUGUAUGGUGUUGAUCUUCUUUGAAUUUAGUUUGUUGUCAGUUUAAAAUCUCAAGUUCCACUUUGAUCAUUUUAGUUCUUGUACUUUCAUACCAUGUUCAACUUAAUUGCCUCACCAUGCUUAUGCAAUUUAUCGACUUUCAUGAA